AUGAAAGGGGCGGCACCGAGCACCACUGGUCGUCAAUCUGUGAAAGGGGGUAAGGAGAUUACCAUUACCCGACUCACACAGGAAGACAAGGAAGAGCUGGCUGACUCCGAUGUGGCUGCCUUCGUAACGCUGCCCAAGAGCCUCGACAAAGGCCGCAGUCAAGCGUUUGCGCUGCUCCAUGAUCUCCUCCUCCGCGACAAGCCCAAAGGACUCGCUACGCUCGUCCCUUCGCCGCAAAAUUAUCUCGCUGCUGUAUUCAAUACGGAACAAUAUAUGAAGAAAUUUUGCGAAAAGACCAACGGCAAGGCGUUUCCGUAUAACAACAAAAAUUAUGGCAUCAUCGCGGUGCGGUUUGCGGACGCGCUCACGCAGAUGUCCUCUGCGGCUGGCGUUUCCCUGCCCGCCAGGGGAUGCUGGCUAAAGAGGGACGGUGAGCAUAUGGGCAUGUUCUCGACAACAGGAAGCCGGCAGCGUCACCAGUAA